AUGCCCCCCGACACCCGCCCUGCGACACUAGCCAGUCCACUUUUGAGACAUCCCAUCAAGACUCGAAAUCCAGAACCUGAAUUGGUAGUCUAUCUCAUCGAGAUCUACUUUAGCCAUUGCUUCACUGCAUCCUUACUCUUUGAUUAUUCAACUCUAUCGAGAGAUUACCGGGCACACAAGGUCCCCGACUACGUCGUCUUGAGCAUCUGUGCCUUUGGUUCGUUGUUUGCUCGCAAAGGCGCAAGCUUUCUGUUUCAGAGGUCAGUACUCCUAGGAGAUUCUGAAAGUAUCUGUCAGCAGGGCAAGGCCUGGGCGGAUCAAGCAAGUCAGGCUGUCCUCAUCAGGGCGGACAAGCCUUCCAUCGCAAAGAUCAGGGCAUGCGAAAUUCUCGCCAUCUACUGGUUUGCUGUGGGCGAACUAGAUCGGUCUGCAAUCCACGCUAGUAUUUCGCGCGAAUCGUGCCGCGUUCUUAUGCACAAAUCAAAAAUCUUCAAAGCCCAGAAGAAAACAGCCCAGCUCGAACAGCCUCAAGUCAGUGAAGACUUGCAUCGCAUAUGCUGUGCGAUUUGGAUAAAGGCAUGUAUCAUGGACGGUGCGAUCAAUGAUAACCAGGAAAUCAGCGAUCUGGCCCCUGCUCCUCCCGUGCCUUCGGACAGUGAAAUAGCCACUUGGCCUGAACUUGUAGAUCUGUCACCUAGUGCCACCGAUUGGAUGAGUUGGGGCCAUGGAAAUAUGAGCAUGCAGAACAGCACCUUUUUGACUCUGAAGCUGUUCGGUAUAUGCCUUUCCGAAACAUGCGGAAGUUCCGUUAUUCGCUAUGCAAAUUCCUUUGCCGAUUUAGCAAGGGAUUUUCUGGCAACAUCUCCAGACCUUGGCAAAGUUCCAACUUUUGUCGGAUACUGUGCCUUCGUUGCAGGUUCAGUGCAUGCGCAUAUGAUGCACGCAGACUUCAAAAGGGAAAACUCAGUUGCGCAUGCCAAUGGCGUUGUAUGCCUGAUAUUCCUUACCGAGAUGAAGAUAUACUAUCCAGUGUUGCAGGACAUGUGGGAAGAGCUCAAAACUCUAUUACAUGGCGAGGCGAUGAGCUCUUCGGAUGUCCAACAAGCCGCCGUCAAAGAGCUCAUGCGUGGUUCUCCUGCAAGCUCCGACUUCGAGGCGGACCCUUCGCCUGGGAUCCUCUGCAGCGAUACCACUGAAUGUCCUAGCUGCAUAAAGAACAAAAGCAAUCCCCUUAUAUUUCGUACAUUCUUUGACUCUGGACGAUCUUCUUCGGCAUUUCAGGAUGUCGGCGGUGAUUCUGAGGAAGAGGAGAUGGCACAAGAUUCCCAUGUACAAGCACCUGAAAAUCAGAACUCUGGCGGCAACACACCCCACGUGCCGUUUUACACAGAGAUUGAUGUAGGUUCGACGCCUUUGGCAGCAGACUCAGACCUCUCACUCACACACCAUCGCCAUGAAUCGGUUGAACAAGGCUUGGAAACCACGAGAGACGACGUCUUCGGUAGCCUACCGAUCCUGCCGGUUCCUUUGGGAGACGAUCUCUUCUCAGUUGACGAGGAAGGGAUGAAUUUGACAGAGUCGAUCAUGUUUCCAACCACACUAGGUCGAGACUGGGAUCAUGGACUUGAUCUCUCAGCAUUCUCUUGGACUUAG